UUUUUUCAUUCCCACCCCUCGUUCCCCUCAAAAUUUGCGGCGUGUCCCUCUCUCAUUGCUCUCCUGCUCGCUCGCCCUCCCUCUCCCCUCGCUCGUCGCCUCCCCCGCGCGCAAACCCUAACCCUAGCCUCCUACCUUGCCUUGCCCCUUGCGCCCGCGGCGGCAAUGGAGCGCUCCGUGUGAGAGAGAGAGAGGGGCUGCAGCGGGAGCAGAGCAGUGAGGGCAGAGAUGUAUAAGCAGGGGGGAGGGGCGGGGCUGGACCGGAAGCGGAUCAGCGACGUGCUCGACAAGCACCUCGAGAAGGCGGUCGCGGCGGCGUCCCCCUCCACGUCGAGGGGGUCGGUGGGGGGCGGCGGCGGCGGGCGCGACCACCACCGCCUCGUCGUGCCGUCCUCCGCGUCAUCCAUCCCCAAGGGUCGCUGCUCCGAAGGGGAGUCUGAUUCUGAUAGUGAAGCAUCAGAUGUUAGCGGCUCAGAUGGAGAAGAUACCUCAUGGAUUUCAUGGUACUGCAACCUAAGAGGAAAUGAGUUCUUCUGUGAAGUCGAUGAUGAUUAUAUACAAGAUGACUUCAACCUUUGUGGCCUUAGCAGCCAAGUUCCGUAUUAUGAUUAUGCUCUUGAUCUUAUUUUGGAUAUCGAGUCCUCUCAUGGUGAUAUAUUCACUGAAGAACAAAAUGAGCUGGUAGAAUCAGCUGCAGAGAUGUUGUAUGGGCUGAUUCAUGCACGAUACAUUCUGACCAGUAAAGGACUGGCUGCAAUGUUGGAGAAGUAUAAGAACUAUGACUUUGGACGGUGCCCGCAAGUUUACUGCUGCGGUCAACCAUGCCUACCAGUUGGACAAUCAGAUAUCCAUCGAUCUAGUACUGUGAAGAUAUACUGCCCCAAGUGUGAAGACAUCUACUACCCACGGUCCAAGUACCAAGGCAACAUCGACAGCGCAUACUUUGGGACAACAUUUCCCCAUCUGUUCCUGAUGACAUACGAGCACCUCAAGCCUCAGAAGCCCUCGCAAUGCUAUGUUCCCCGCGUGUUCGGCUUCAAGCUCCACAAGCCAUGAACCUCAUGUAUUUGGAUUUUAAGCUCCACUUGGCUGAGCCGCGACGCGGAGGAGUCGGGAGUUUUGUAGGUCUAGAGGCCCUUGAAGACUACAUAUAAGAACUCCAUUGGCAGAUCGGUAAACUUUAAAAUUCUAUUCAUGCUGCCGCACACUUGUACUUGUACCCUAGGCUGGGCAGGCCAAUCCGACAUUUGAAUGUAGCCAUAAGGACAUCAAUGUUGUUGUAACCUCAUUGCACUUGUUUUGGUUAGUAAAUCUGGACCUCCUAAGAUGUAGAA